ACAGCGUGCAUACAUACAUAUACCCAAACACACACACAUACACACACACACACACACCCUUUCUCUCAUUAAUAUCAACGCAUCCUGCAUCUCCUUGCGGAUAUCUCUAGGGUACUUGGACGCGGAAUGGAUAGAUGAGGCAUCACUCCUGCAUCGGCAUUGGUACGGCACGGCAUAGCACAGCACGGUAUUGCAUCAGCGUCAUUCAUUCAUUUGUCAUACUCAUCAGACGAGCCAGAGAAAAAGGAAGGGAGAGAAAAGAGAGAUCCGGUAUCUCGGCUUACGCCACUAGCAUAAUUAUUCUUUGUCUUAUUUUUUUAGUCAGAGGUCCCGCGUCCCUGGAGUGGACUCAUGGUUUAUUAGGGAUUGGCCGUUGGACAUUGCAUCUACGGCGUUACGCGAGGUAAUUCGACGGUCUGGAAAGGGAGGACUGUACGAUAAUACUGGAUGGUUGAUUGCAUAUCAGUUCAGCAAUAGCGACCAAAAAUGAAUAUUUUUAUAUUAACUUCUAUAAAUGCUUCUCCCCUAUUGAU